UCCCCCUCCCCCCGUCCCCUCCCAAGCAUCGCGAGAGCUGGAGGCGUCGCCGGGGCCGCUGCCGCCUCGACUCGGCUGCUCCAGCACCCGACAAGGGGCAGGAAGGACGAUGGCAGCGGCAGCCGGGCGCUUCCUGGCGGCUGCCGCGGCUUCCUCGGCGCGGGCGGGCGGGCUUCUCCGCGCCCCAGCUGUGCCCGUUGUGCCCUCCCGCAGCGCCACCGUCACUCGCAGCGGCGCCAUUUUGCCCCAGCCGGUUAAGAUGCCCUUUGGCCUCCUCAGAGUAUUUAGCGUUGUGAUCCCUUUCCUGUACGUUGGAACUCAGAUCAGUAAGAACUUCGCAGCCCUACUUGAAGAACAUGACAUCUUUGUCCCAGAGGAUGAUGACGAUGAUGAUUAAAGGAAUUGUAAUGGAAGAACAGAAAUGAGGAAGCCAGUGGCAAAGAAGUGGUUUUGACAUCUGUCACCUGUGCUUUACCAUUCCUAAAGAGGAAGGGCAGGGGGCCCUGUAUCCCCUUUGCCAGUAAUUGUCCUUUGCAUGUCUGUAUGAGAGAAAAUUGUAGAUGAAGGUUGAAGGGAAUAAUUGAUAGGACUACAUCCUUGCAUACACUAUCUUCGCCUCAUAAAAAGACUGCUUGGGAUUCCUUUUAUUAGCUAAAUGAAAACAUAAUUAAAGAACAACAGACUGAGAAGUACAGAUUUGUUUUCUUGUUUUUAUAGAUUAUGAUGCAGCAUUUCUGUCUUAACCUUUCUACCUCCAUGUGUCUGUUCAAGUGAGGAUGCUCUGUUCAUAUGCACAUGCAGUUGUCCUUUCCAUGAGACUCAGUACCGUGCCAUCUAACGUGCACAACAGGAGUCCUAGAGGAACAAGCAGUCCCACAACAGACUCCCAUUAGAACUGUGGGGUGCAUGUUGAUGCUGGCACUACAGUUCAGAUAAUGUUCCUCUGUAAUCUGGCCCUAUGCAGUUAUGUCUGACAGGGACCACAUCAUUAAUUUCAUUUGAUGGUUAAACAGAGUAUUUCCUUGUGGAGUCAAAGUUCUGAGCAGAUUUGCUAAUAGAAAGUUAAGAUCAUGAGUGGCAAACUAACUAAGCUAAUGUGUUUUACUGCAUCUUAUCUAAGAACAAGGAGAUUCUCUCUGAAUGCUCUGGCCACAGCUAUUUUGUAAUUGCCAUUCUGUACUUCUGUAUGAGUCCUAAUAUAUUUAUUUUCUUACCUGUGUAUAAAUUUCAACCUUUUCUUCCUCAAAAGUGUUCAUUAGGGCAGUUAAAUCAUCAAUAAUAAACUUUAAGAUCUUUUCUUUACUGAUA